ACUAAUUUAGUGCGGAUAUUAAUGCUUGCUGAUAAAGACGGAAGUUCUUUAGUGGAAAUUUUGCAACUUAUUAAAUUCUUGAGUCAUUUUCUGGACAUGCGUUUACAUACCAGGGCAGUAAUACAAAUCAUUGUACUUUAUGGAAUUAGUCAAGGUGCUAGGGGACUGAUAUGCUAUUCGUGCAGCAACAUAAAAACAAGUGAGGAUUGCAUGAACGUAAUUGAAUGUACUGGAAGAGAGGAAUGUUUCACGAGGGCAGAUGCAUUCAUAAAUGGCAGCGUCCAGUAUACAGUAGGAUGUACAUACGACAUGGUGCCAAUUGUGUUAAAGGGAAAGACGUUUUGUUCCCAAGUGUGCAGUGAGAACUUGUGUAAUCUAGACAAAUGUCAACUUUCAGUAUCUUCGAGGUACAUAACACGACUACCGAGAUGCUUAUCCUGCGAUUUAAUAAGUGAUCCGGGUCAAUGUAGGAAUCUAGUACAAUGCAAACAAGAUGAGAUGUGCUUCGUGCGAAAAAUUACCACCUAUGGAAAUGCACGAUACCGCUUGGGAUGUAUGAAUAAUAAGCACUGUUCGGGAGUAUCAACCGAAAACCAUGUAUCGUCAACAAUUGUCGGAAGGCGGUCUGGUCCACCAGAUUCAUGUUCCUUAUGUUGUUCAAAAGAUCAUUGUAACGCAAAAGUUUGCGGCCAACAGCAAACUUCAUAUGAUCGCACAUACAAUUUACAACUCCUUGGUGAUCACCAAACAUGCUUCGAUUUUAAUCCGACGGCAUGUGCUGCCUUUGGCAACCUUGAUCCUGAAGCCUGUAAAGUCAUGGCUGAUAUUGACAGUCUUUGUCCUGAAUCGUGCGGAAUGUGCGGACAUUAUGGCUGGGCUCAGUGGGAAGAAUGGUCCGCGUGCUCCCUGACGUGCGGUUCUGGUAUAUCAGCCAGAAAUAGAAUUUGUGUACAUCAAAUAGAUGUUGUAAUAAACAAGACAUGUUCCGGGCCUGCUAACGAUACUAAAACGUGUAACGUUGAGCCAUGUGCAGUCCAUGGUCAGUGGUCUGAUUGGGGGGAAUGGAGUAACUGUUCGGUGACUUGUGAAAACGGAACAAAAUCACGUCAGAGAGACUGUGACAAUCCUUUGCCCCAAUUCGGUGGUAUGAAUUGCACGGGUAAUGACUUGGACAUUGAGGAAUGUUCAGAACAACCGUGUCCUGUCAAUGGUGGCUGGUGUUUCAAAAGCGGAAUGACAUGCACUUAUCUCAACGGUCGAUACUAUGCAGAUGACAGAUAUGCUCAUAUACGUACAACCUGCACAUGUCCAGCUCCUCAGUACGGUGGCGAACAAUGCAAACAAUGAUCCACAACAAUUAAACGGCUGGACUAAGUGUAGUUUAUAUAUUAGAUAAAGGCAUGAUCGCA